GCACGGCUCACCAUGUCGGACAAGACAAGACUGGUCGUGAGCUCUCCUGGCAUCGGGAAGGAGCUGAUCUCCUCGCCCACCGCAGUUGGCAUUCCAGUCAAACUAACUGGUUCAGCGGUGGACCUCGGCGUGGAUGCUGCAGGUGCUAAGUGGCGGAGCCAGAAGAAGUUCCGCAUGCGGCUCAAGAGGGCCAAGUUGCGUUCCAACCAGACCCACAGCUGCGCUGACUGCAUGGGAGCCACAAGGUUGCGCAAG